UUGUUGUCAGUUUCCCCUCACUCCUGCCUGUUCCUGGUGAUCCCGGAAGAUGUCGCCAUGAGCUUCACCACAUACUUCGGUUUCGCUCCACGGAUAUUGAAAGGUAACGAUCACCGAGUCGGUUUUGGUUUCCGUUUCGGUAACCACGCGGACCUCCAGGUGUUGUACGAGUUCGGACCGCAGCUCACGACGACGCCUCUACAGACUAAACGUGUUCCAGGUGCGAGGUCGGCUCCCCGCCGUGAAGUUCGUCGACCUAUUCUGGAACUGCUGCUGAGAACUGGGAUAUUGAGACGGAAUGAGGCUAAACAAGUUGGAAAAAGUUAG